UGUAGGGGUUUUGUUCCCAGAGCUCCUUGGUGCGCUGUCCACUUCAGCACCACAAAGCCGAGCGGAGGCAGCGGGCUAGCUAACACGGGUGGGACUGAAGAUACGGCUUAACAUCAGCACCAGCGCCAACCCGAGUCCCAGAUACAGAAAAUACUGAAAAUUAGCCAGCGAUAUUCGACAGAAACACCGACAGCAACGAGUCAAGCGACUACAAAAAAGGACUUGGAGCGGCGCCUUGCUGGCCUGGCCAAACGAAAAUACUGACUGAAUCUCUGAAAGCAGGAGGCUUCCAUUUUGCCACAGCGCUGCCAUCGGUGAGAUAGGCCCAGAUUCAGUAAUCAUGUAUGAUGCAACAAGGGUGCUGUCUCCGAAAGAUGGUGCAAACGGUUUGGCCCAGCCGGUUGUCCCUGGAGCAGGAGCGGGAACAGCUGUAGGAUCUGGAGGGCCAACUGCAACUACAGUGCUGCAAGCUAAAACUGAAGAGGGGCAGUCAGUUAAGGAGGAGGAGGAGGAGCCCAAAGCAGAGCCUGUCCUGGUGAAGAAGCCCCACAGAGAAAUUCUGGACCAUGAGAGGAAGAGGAGGGUGGAGCUCAAAUGUAUGGAGCUCCAAGAGAUGAUGGAGGAGCAAGGGUACACAGAAGAAGAAAUCCGACAGAAAGUAAGCACAUUCAGACAAAUGCUGAUGGACAAAGAAGGCGUUAUCACCAGAGAAGGCUCCCACACACAACCAAUGGUCAACCACCACCUGCACUAUCCCCCUGAUGGGUAUGAAGAGGACCCUGAAGUGAUUGGCUAUGAAGAUGGAGAUUAUGGGCAUGACUACCAUGGUGACAACAGGGUGAAGAGGAAAUCAAGCAGCUCACAUUCCCCUCGUCCAAAGAAAAGGAAGAAGAAGAAAUCUGGCCAUCGAAGGAGUCGGUUUGGCAGCUUCUCACCCACUCACAGAGAGAAGAAGAAAAAGAGUGGGAAGAAACACAAGCGAGACCGAUCUGCAUCUGGCUCCAGGAAAAAGAGAAGACACAGGUUUGUACGGCAGAUAAUAAUGUCCUUCAGUAUGUGA